AAUCUCACACACAUGUGUACACCACCGGCAGUAUUGUAGCAGACAUCAGGCGAUUGAUGUUGUAUAAUCUCAUGUAGCGAAAAGGAAGUUUUAUUUUGAAUUCAAAAUGGGAGGACACGUUUCAAGAACGGAUUAUGAAUGGGUUUAUACAGAGGAGCCGCAUGCGACACGGCGAAAAGAAAUCCUUGCCAAAUAUCCAGAAAUAAAGCAGCUGAUGGGAUGUGACCAUAACUUAAAGUACAUUGUUGUUGCCAUGGUGUUGGCUCAGAUUAUAUUAGCCAUCAUGGUGGCUGAUGUGUCCUGGCCAAUUGUCAUAGUUCUGUGUUAUGUUCUUGGAGGCACAAUCAACCAUUCCAUGACUCUUGCCAUUCACGAAAUUGCUCACAACUUAGCAUUCGGACAUUCCAGACCAAUGGCGAACAGAAUUCUCGGUUUUAUAGCAAAUCUACCACUUGGAGUUCCUAUGUCAGUGUCAUUCAAAAAAUACCAUCUUCAGCAUCACCGUUACCAAGGUGACGAGAGAAGAGAUGUGGACGUACCUUCUCCGAUUGAAGGACAACUUUUCUGCAACACUUUCUGUAAACUAGUAUGGGUAAUACUUCAGCCAUUUUUCUACACUAUUCGGCCACUUUUAGUGCUUCCACAACCAGUUUUGACUCUGGAGGUUGUGAACUUUGUAUGCCAGCUGAUCUUCAACUGCUGUAUCUAUUACUUUUUAGGAGGCAAGUCCUUAACUUACCUGAUUCUGGGAACGUUUUUGUCUACAGGACUUCACCCCCUCUCAGGACAUUUCAUAUCUGAACACUACAUGUUUAUCAAAGGACAGGAGACCUAUUCAUACUACGGCCCUCUCAAUCACCUCGUCUUCAAUGUCGGCUACCACAAUGAACACCAUGACUUUCCGAGUAUCCCAGGCUCAAGGCUCCCAAUGGUGAAGAAGAUUGCCCCUGAGUAUUACGACAACCUUCCCUGUCAUCACUCGUGGGUCAAGGUCAUCUACAACUUCAUCACUGAUCCAGAAAUUGGACCAUACUCGCGCAUCCGCAGGAAAAUGAAGGAUGAAGAUACAGAUGGAAAGAAAGAAUGAAUGAAAAUUUAGACGGCCAAGAAAUAUUUUUAUAUUGUACUGUAUUAAGACCAUCAAUUUAGAGUUUAUUAUGUGAUGGUUCCCUGGGCUUAAAGUUCCUCUUUCAGAGUAUUUCUUUAAGUUCUAUGAAUUUAUCAAAACUAUUACACACCUUUUUAUAAUUUCUUAUAUAUAGAUACAUUAUAACAGGAUAAUGAAAU